GCGCCGCCCGCGGGCGGGCGCGCUCCGCCCCUCUCCGGGCAGUGCCGGCCGUGAGGCGGCGGCAGACAAGAUGGCGGCGCCGGCGGGGCUGCGAGCGCUGCGGCGGCUCUGCGGCAUGGCGCUCUUCGUGUCCCAGCUCUACGUCCUCUCCGGACGCGCAGGAUCUUUGAUGGCCACAAAGCAUUCACAGCCACAGUCUGCAUUUGCAAAAAGCCUGACUUCAACGAGCACGAACGCUCCCUACUUCAAGGCAGCAGUAAGUACAGAAAUUCCAGCUUAUGUGACUAAAUGUCCAAGCAAUGGGCUUUGCAGUAGGUUGCCACCAGACUGCAUGAUAUGUAACACAAAUUAUUCCUGCAUAUAUGGGAAGCCGGCCACUUUUGAUUGCAGAGUCAAGCCACAUGUUCAUUGUGUUGAUCAGAAUAACCUUGAGCAGGAGAACUUUACAGUUAACAUGACGUGCCAGUUUUGCUGGCAGCUUCCAACAACUGACUACGUGUGCACCCCUUCUACAAACUGCAUGACGGUUUCUUGUCCGCGGCAACGAUACAACGCCACUUGUACAGUGCGGGAUCAUGUUCAUUGUCUAGGUAAUAGAGUCUUUCCAAAGAUGCUGUAUUGCAACUGGACUGGAGGUUAUAAGUGGUCUACUGCCUUGGCACUAAGCAUCACCCUUGGUGGAUUUGGAGCAGAUCGUUUCUAUUUGGGCCAAUGGCGGGAAGGUCUGGGAAAACUCUUCAGCUUUGGUGGACUUGGAAUAUGGACACUGAUUGAUGUGCUACUAAUUGGUGUGGGCUAUGUGGGACCUGCAGAUGGUUCUCUUUAUAUUUAAAUGUAGUUGUAGUUUCAGAGAAGGAGUAAGUAAUUGCUUGGAAAGGGCUCCCAACAGGGGUAUGUAGAAGUUUAAGCCCUUAAGAUAAAAUAAAGAACAGUUGUUCUUUCUGUACAGUAUCUGUACCUAGCUUGCCUUUAAAUAAGGUAAAAUAAAAGAGUGGAUCACUAA